AUAACAAGGAAAACCUCUUUCAGUUCAUAAGGACACCUGAUUGUUGUAUUAAGAUUUGAAAAACCUUCAAAAACUUAUCCUUUAAUAUCCCCACAAUGGUCCUAAAACGUAAAUUAUUCUAAAAUAUUUAUAUUGUAAGAUAUUAAUUAUGUAAUAUCUAUAGCUCUAAAAUAAUAUCCCUUUGAAAUAAGAUUAGUAGGACAAGGUGAUAAAACUCAUAAAUCACUUGGGUUGAUUUAUUGGAUAUUACAUUAUUGCAGAUAGUAUUGGUGUACAUGUCAGCUAAUAAAUAUUAGCAGAGCAGAAUUGCCAAAGCUUUGUCUAAAUUCAUUUAAAAAGUGUCACCUAUAACAUAGUUUGUCCACCAGAGAACAAUGAUAACUAUAUAUUUCAACAGUAAAAUGUCCCUCUCAGUACACUAUGGUAACAAUUCAUUAAAAAAAAAAAUAAAACAACAAAUAUAAGGAAUCAAUAUCUAUAUAUUUGCUAUAUAGUUCUGUCAUUGUCCGUCUUUAAAAUGUAUAUAUGACAAUUGGCCUAAAAAAAUCCAGUAUCGGUCAGGGAAUAAAGGUAAUAAUUUUGCUUGGCACAUGAAGAAAGGAUGUUUCUACACACACACACUAACACACACACACACACAUACACACACACCCACAGGCCUGAUGAACAUUGACCUGUGUUGUUCUGUAUCUGAAUGAUCAUCAUGUUCGGAGCAAAGUCCACCUGCUGGGUCAAACACAAGCAGUGCUGACAUUAUUACAUUACAUCAGUCCCACUGAAACACGGCAACAAAACACAAAACUGUGAGAAGAAAAGAGCGAAACACCGACCAGAAUGGAAACCACAUCGUCAUUUAUCAAAUCCGUAACCAAGCGAGUGUGGUCGCCGCCACAGCGACCUUUCAGGGUGUGCAGUAACAACAGAGAGACCAGGAAGGGCAUCACAGCCGGGACCCUGGAGGAGCUGAAAGAGAGGGUGUGCCAGGCACUGCUGCUGUCCCUGUCUGCGGUGUCUCUGGCUCUGGUGUGUGAGGAGGACGGUACAGAAGUGGACUCCGACGAGUUCCUCAUGACCCUGCCUGACAACACCAUCCUCAUGGCCCUGGAGCCCGGACAGACAUGGAGACCACAACCGGGUGCAGUUGUUCUCAGAUCUCAAGACCACAACAAGCCUCGGACAGGGAAAGACAUAGCCCGCGUCACCUUUGACCUCUACAGAAUGAGCCCGAAGGACUUGUUCGGCUCCCUGAGUGUGAAGGCCACAUUUCAAGGCCUGUACUCCGUGAGCGCUGACUUUCAGUGUCUGGGGCCGAAGAAAGUCCUCAGAGAAGCCCUACGUGUUGCCUCCACUCUCCUUCAGGCCGCUGGACACCUGCUUAUCACUACCGCCUCCAUGAUCCGCCGCAUUAUUGAAGGCGCUGAGCUUUGGCAGCCGCAGAGGGACGAGUACACAGCCAGCUGGAACUGACGGAGCCAAGAGAGACAUCUGAUAUCAUUGUUGACUUAAUAGGGAUCUGAAUUCACUCCUACUAUUGAGUAUCUCAUUUGGUAGCCAGUGUGUUGCCUAAUUGCAGUUUACCUCGUUAAGAGGGGGAAAAGAAACCACUUUUUUGACUUGUUAAUGUAGUAUUAACAGUGAUGGUCCUCUAUGUGGUGAUUGUAUGACAGUGCAUCAUACUCUGCCUUUUAUGUUUUGAUGAUUUCAGGAAUGUGGAGGACAAAAAACAAACAUGAAUCUUAAAUGAUUGUGUGUUAGAAACUGUAUUUAGCAACAACAGCGGUAGCUUCGUAAUGUAGCCUUGUAACAUGACAACGUGUUUCAUAGCUAUAAAUGUACUUUAUAUUUUCUGUGCAAUAUAUUCUAUAUAAUAUCAGAGAAUCUUACUUUAUUUUUGUUCAUUUGGUGUGAAUUACAAGUUGGCAAGUGAACGUCUGCUUCUAUCAGCUCUGAAAUUACAAGUGCUAACUGAUCACAUAAAUCAUGUAGUUAUUGUUAGACAUUAAACAAAACUGUCUUUUUU